AUGCCCCCCGACACGUACCCCACACCCCCCGGGGGUUAUCCCAUGCCAGGGGAGGGUUAUCCCAUGCCAGGGGAGGGCUAUCCCAUGCCCAUGGAGGGACACCCCAUGCCCUCUGGCAUGGGGCUUCCCCCGAGUGCCAACAUGACCCGAAUGACACGCUCCUUUGACGGUAUGGGAACCCUGCCCCCGGGGGCAGAGCCUGACUUGGCGUUCUGCCAGUUGCUGCUGGAGUCGCCGGUGCCGCCACCCAUCAGCAGUGUGCCUUGGUUCUGUGUCUGCUCCCGCUGCAAGGGCACGGUCGGACCCAAAGGCGACCGCGGGGACAGGGGCCUGCCAGGAAGUCCAGGUAGCCCAGGCAGAAGAGGCUUCACUGGGUUCCGAGGUCGACCAGGGUUCGUCGGUCGACAAGGUCUCAAGGGACAGAAAGGUGAUGAGGGACAGAAGGGAGAACGUGGAGCAAUGGGAUUCACUGGGGCAAAGGGAGACCGUGGCUAUAAGGGGGACAAGGGGGACGCAGGAAUGGAAGGACCCGAAGGGGAGCAGGGACCCAAGGGGGAGCCAGGGCAUUGCCCGGCCACAUGUGAGAGCGUUCAGGGCCCAGCAGGUGACCCCGGGCUGCCGGGACAGACGGGAGUGAGAGGGUUGCCAGGUACAGCAGGGACACCUGGGAUGAAGGGGGAGAAGGGCGACACAGGUAGCAUGGGUCCUCCUGGCCAUCCAGGGGAGCAGGGUGAGAAAGGGGAGCAGGGAGCUGAGGGGGCGUGUAACUGCCAGGAUGGAGUUGACGGUAUGAACGGGCACCCAGGCCCACAAGGGCCCAAGGGAGACAAAGGGGAGAUGGGCCUCAAUGGGCAGCCAGGGAUGGCUGGUCCGAAGGGGCACCAGGGAGACCAAGGUGUCAUGGGAGCUCCGGGGCCUUGCUCCCCUGCCAUCCAAUCAGCUUUCUCCGCUGCCCUGGGCUCCAUAUACCCCCAGCCCAACCUCCCGGUGGCUUUCACACAUAUCCUGUACAACAUGCAGGGGCACUACGACCCCAACAGCGGCAUCUACAUGGCCCCCGUCAAUGGCACAUACGUCUUCAGCUACCACCUGUCCGUCUUCAGCAAGGUGCUGAAGGUGGGGCUGUUCCACAACUUCAUGCCCGUAGUGAAGACCACCGAGCCCAUGGACCUGGGCACCGCCUCGCAGCAAGUGGUGCUGCACCUGACCAUGUUCGACCGGGUGUGGGUGCAGGUGAAGGACUCCAGCACCAACGGCAUGUACGCCAGCGGAGAGAGCAGCAGCACCUUCAGUGGCUUCCUGCUCCACCCCGACUCCUGCGACCCGCCACUCUUCCGAGACUUCCCCCCGUCUUUGCAGGGAGAUUUCAGCUGGGGCGAGUUAAGACCCCCAAUUAUCCCUUCACCAUAAUCCCUCUCUUUUGCUGGGAGGAUGGGGGGUGAAGAAAUGACAACAGCCCCCUAAAAGAGGACCCCUGCCUUACUUUGCACUAGCUAGAGACAAGCCUUUUACAACAACCCCACUGAACUUUCUUAUAGUCAUCCAAGUUUCUCUAUAUAAUUUCAUUCCUCAUAAAUGGCUCUGUUGUCCAUGUGGUAUAUCUCAGAUAAAUUAAAUAAGUGAACUCACCUGUGUGUCUACCGCCUGUAUCCGCUCCUUCUGUCCCUGCUCUCAGAAGCGAUGCACACCUCCAUUUAAUCAUUUCUCUGCCCAAAGCCAUUUGAGCCAGACACUA